AUGGUAACAGCGAAUAUGAGUGGCACAGAGAAGAAGAAAUUGCUCAUUACUGGAAAGUCACAAAAACCAAGAUGUUUUAAAGGUGUCAAAUCAUUACCUGUCGAUUAUGCUAACAAUCGUAAAGCUUGGAUGACGUCAGAACUUUUUGAAAAAUGGCUUCGUGAUUGGGAUCGUGAUUUGGUGAAGAAGAAGAAAAAAGAUUCUAUUGCUGGUUGA